UUCACUACUACACUUGCAAAAAAAAAAAUGGAAAAUUAUCAAUCUAUUGUACACUCUCCCACUAAUCUACUACUUUGUAAAGAAAUUGCAACCAGUUUAGACGAUGAAGACGAAGCUGCUUCGAUUUUCGAAGAUUUUUAUGAAGAUGAUUACAUUAAAUUGCUUCUAGAUAGAGAAUCCACCACAAAUGGUGGUUUGCUCCAAAUGCAGCAGCAAAAUUCUUGGAUUCUUAGGGCUCGUUUGGAUGGAAUCCACUACAUUCUCACAAAAAGGGAAGUUCUUGGAUUCAGAUAUCAAACUGCUUACACAUCAGUCACAUUUCUUGAUAGGUUUCUUUCAAGAAGAUCUAUUGAUGUAGAGAAAUCAUGGGCAAUAAGGCUAUUGUCAAUAGCUUGUCUCUCAUUGGCUGCAAAAAUGGAGGAAACCACAUUGCCGGCGUUAUCGGAUUUAUGCGCCGAUGAUUACAAAUUCGAGAGCAGCGUAAUACAGAGGAUGGAGCUUUUGGUAUUGAACACACUUGAGUGGGAAAUGGGAUCAAUCACCCCCUUUUCUUUCGUUCAAUUCUUCGCCGAAAAGUUUCGGAAUCGAACGAAAAUCGGAUUAUCGAGAACUGCACACAUCACUCUAGCCACAAUUAGAGAUGUGAAUAUAAUGACGUGUCACAAACCAUCUGUUAUAGCAGCAGCAGCCACAUUGGUUGCACUUGAUCAUGGUUACACAAGAGAGGCCUUGCACCACAAAAUUGCCCCUUUAAUUUCAACUCAUGCUAUAAAAAUUGAAGAGGUGAUUGCUUGCUAUUACAUAAUCAAGGAAAUGGAGGUUGAAAGAUUAAAUUUAAGUGAAAGGGUUAAGUCUCCGGAACUAUCGCCAACCGAAUUACAAAGGGCCGACGACGCCUACGGUAGUUAUUCGGGCGGCGGUGCGAAGAGAAAGAGGCUCGUGUUUAAUCAAACCGAUGAAUUCGGUGAUUUGAAUAUUAAGAAGGAGAAAAGCCAUGAAAUAUCAAAAGAUUAAGCAAUAUUCUUAAGUGAUUGAGAAUUUUGAUUACUGGCCUAAUGAGUGUGCUAAUCUUUUUUAUUUUAUUUUACAAUUGGAAAAAAAAAAGGUUUUUUUUUCAACAAAAUAAAGAAAAGAAAAGGAAAAGGUCACAGCUUUGAAAGGAAGAGACAUCAAAGAUAUGACUUUACACAGUUAACAACUAUUAUUGUUUUUUGCUUCAUACUUGUCCCAUUUGUUUCAUUAUUUUAACUACUUUAUUUAUUUAUUUUCUUUUACAUUUUAAUAUAGUUUUAUAAUAUCCAUUUGCAGCCCUAGAUUUUAGAGGGGUGUUGCUUUGGAUGUACUUUAUUUUUAAAUUUUUUCUAUAGGAGUGGUGGUGGGGUUGAAGAAGAAGUAAGGUGUUGUUUCUUUGAUUUGAUACAUCUAUCUGUGUUGCAAAUUGCCCAUCACAAAAAGAAAAGGGUUUGUAAAAGAUUGCUUUGUGAUUGGUUGGAUUUGUUUCAAUGUUUGGAAUUGUAACACAUCUUUUUUGUGUACUUGGGGCUACAAUAAUUUGGCCAUGGAUUAUUGAAUUUUACUGUUGUAUUGCAGUUUCUUGAUAACAA